AUGGCAGCUCACUCGCGCCGCGGGGCGCUCAUCGUUGUCGAAGGCCUGGACCGCGCGGGCAAAUCCAGUCAAUGCGAGUCUCUACGCGACAAAUUGCAAGAAUUAGGCCACUCGGUGAAGUACAUCCGUUUCCCAGACCGGACCACUCCCAUUGGAAAGUUGAUCGAUGACUACCUACGUGGCCAGUCGCAGUUGGACGACCAUUCCAUCCAUCUCCUUUUCUCCGCCAAUCGCUGGGAGAUUGCGCGGAGCAUCGAGGAAGACAUAGCAGCUGGCAUCACCGUGAUCGUGGACCGUUAUUCCUAUUCCGGUGCCGUAUACUCCGCCGCCAAAUCCAACCCGACUUUGUCCCUGGAGUGGGCAUGGAUGCCAGAAAUCGGAUUGCCCCAACCCGACCUCUGUCUUUUCCUGAGUAUUGCCCCGGGGGAAGCUGCGAAGCGCGGUGGAUUCGGUGCCGAACGUUAUGAGAAUGAGACCAUGCAAAGCCGCGUGCGCGAGUUGUUCCAAACAAUCUUCCGCGUACAGCAGAGCGGUAACAUUCAAGUACUUGAUGCCGGUAGGGCAUUCCCAGAUGUCUCGAUAGACAUUGAGAAGAGCGCAGUCGACUGUAUUGCUCGUCUGGACUCCAUUGGGCCAUUGAAGCGAUUCGCAUCCAUCGCCGUUUAG